AUGUUCUUCAAAAGGAAUCAUCGAGGCUGUGGGGUAUUGUUGUUUAGUGAAGGAAUUAAGAUGUUAAUCUCUGAGCACCCCAGUGGACGAAUCAUGAAUGCCAACAUGGAUGACCCAAGCCAGUCAUCAAAACAUCAACGUUCAGGCUCAGCAUCGAUGAUCUUGCAAGGUAGAGAAAAGUAUGGAUUACAAGAAAACAGAAGCACUUCAUCAAUCAUCAAUUAUCGUGGCGCGAGUCAUCAUCUUAUGUCAUCAACAAGUGGAUCAAUUGGAAGACAUUCUGGUGUGAUGUAUCCAUAUGAAAAACCAUCGAAUUCAAAUGGACCAUCUAAGCAGCUUACAACAACAAAGGUGAUUAGUGAUCAAAAUCAACUCAUCAACAAGUUUGAUAAAUUCUAUCAGCAUUCUAGUUAUAGUAGACCCACAUCGACCAGCUCGAUCAAAGUCACUACUAGACAUCCGCAAUCAUUAAUCAGAACUACUGGGAUUACCAAACCCAUUUACAACAACCAUCAUCCUCAUUCACAAGAGAAAGCGACAGCUUCAUCACAGUCUUCUAGCUUCUCACGUUCUUCUCUUGAUCGGAAUUCAUUCAUUCCCACACCCAUUCGACACCAAUCACACCCGUAUCUUUCUCGUCAUUCUACUACGUCCUCGGCAUUCCAACCGGACUCAAUUUCCUCUUCUUUACCUCGAUCGAACACUUCUUCCCAUCACCAAGAAUCUCACCCGUUCUCAAACCCAAAUACAACUCGAUUUCAUUCUCAUUCUACCAAUAGGAUCACCACCUUUCCUUCUCCUACCACUCAACAAACACUUCCUCCAAGUUCAUCAUCAUCAUCCUCUUUUCGUACUGUUAACCAUUUGCAAUCAUCUCAAUCUCCUAUUGGCUCAUCUUCAUCGACCAAACUUGUAGCCUCCAGACCCAACUCCUCUCAUCAUUCUUCUCUGUUUCCUACACCAAUGUCUACUAACAUCAUCAAUCUAAACAACGCGAACAAGCUGCACUCUCAUUUCUCAUCACCACCUAAUCGUCUAGCAAACUCUCCGCCUUCCCCACACCAACAGCAAAAGCAUUACCAAAUGUCACCUCCCUUUGCGCCAUCGUCUCAUCAACAACAACCUCACUCUCUUCAGCAUCAUCACCCUGGCCCUACGCUCCCUCCACUCAGACCAAUCCACUCUUCUCAGGCAGCCAAUCCCCAACCUCGGCAUCUACUUCCUUCACCUUCCAAUUCAUCUCGACAUCACUCUCAAUCGAUCUCACCUGUCGUUCCUCCUCGGCUCCCUCCUCCAAACUCUCUCGAGGAUCCCUCUUACCAGGCCAGCUCAUCUUCCCGGCGUCGAAGCUCUCUGGUUCCCUGGGCUCGAUCUAAUCAAUCUGAAGAUGUCGGCUCUCAUCCUCAAGCUCGACAUGGACCCUCGCAUGAUCCUCCUACCUCACAGGCUCUCAAACGAACCGCGAGCCGCGCGGAGCUGGAUAGGCCUCAAACAAAUCUCGGCCCUCCCCCUCCUCUGCCUGCACCUUUCGAUCAACGCCGUUCACCACACACCCAUCAAAAAUCUACCUCCCAAGCUGACUUUAGUGACCCUAAUCAGUCUGCUUCGUCUAACAACCGAGCUCCCACGAUGGAAGAAGAGAUGGAAGCAACAGACGAAGUAUCUGUCAAACCCGAAUAUCUGACUCCACAUCUACCUCCUCAGCCACUUCCUGCUCCCUUGGGCAUUGUACAGCGCACGUCUUCUCACCAUUCGGACGUCUCCAGCUGCCGAUCUUCUAUCACGCCCGAUCCUGAAGGCUACGCUGCUCGCGGGUGGCAUGGAUCUCAUCAGCCGGAUCAGCAUCAACCCACCAGUAACCUUGCCAAGAAGAGGCGCGUGACGAUCACAGAUGACCGUCUAUCUCGACGAAACCACGACAGUCAAUCACCGCACACUCUCGCCCCUUUGACGAUCUCCACUUCCCCUCCCCAACCUCGGUCAAAUAGCUCGACGAAUGGCCAUGGCGGAUCUAAUAACAAUGAUCCUGUCAGCCCCUUAGUGAUCGGUUUCACUCAGCCGCACAAUGCUGACGCUAUGCAACAGAUGGCUAAUACGAUCAAGUUGAGAGACGAACAAAAGCGCUUGAUCGAACAACGUCGGAAUUCGUUUGCUGGUCCUGCCUCGAAUGCAUUUCCUGGAUCGCUUACGCUACCGGCUCGCUCAUCUGGAACUGGUAUGCCACCACCCGCUAACCAUCCUCACAUUCAUGGUCGCAGUCCGCCAGGUGGUUCUCACGCAAGGUCGGGUAGUCAUCGGGGAUCGAUCUCAAAGACGACUUCACACCCGUCUAAUGGGCACGCCAAAACGCUCAGCAAUUCAUCUGUCGCCCAUCAUCACCAUCACCAUCAUCAUCCGAGUCAUCCACCAGUCAUCAAUCUCAAACCGAUAAGCGAAGCAGCUCAUCCUAAACCACAACAGUCGCAGUCACAGCGUCCUUACAUAAGUGGACCGCAAACCUCUUCCUGUUACAGCCCUACCUAUGAGAACGACCCUUGUGUGGAUCCAUCCGCUGAAAGUCCCAACUCGACAAUUGCAAGUCGACGAGGACAAGUGGCUCGCGAGAAAGUCAAGAACUUGGCUAUUACACCACACGCCUUCAGACCUCAUGUCAUGCUCCAGCCGUCUAUCAAGUCAGCUCCGAUACGCAGUGGCUUCUUACAGGCUACAGCUCCCAAUGGUGAUGUGGUGAAAACUCCUUUGAUUGCGCGCACCAAUCUAGCCAGUAGUACAAAUGGUGUUCAACAACACAACACCUCUCAACACCAACAAAAUUCGCAGCAUACCUCAUCAGCUCACCCCCUUCGAUCUUCGCAUGGGCCUUCUAGUCAUCAUCAAUCCAAUCCUCAGAGCGGUCAGAAUGGAGCUCCACCGGAUGGCCUUGGUCGUCGGAUGACAAUGCAUUCUGGUGUCCCUUUGCAGGUUCCCACUUUGACUCAUGUCCCAAUGUUUAACUCGAAGAGCAAUAGCAAUUCAAACCACGGGCGUGUCAAUGGUCAUGUCUCCUCGUAUGGCAACUCUGUGAAUCUAAUGGCAGGACCUCGAACUGCAAUGCCAAGCUUUGGAGGUCCAAGCAUGCAACAGCAACUCGAGUCAUCUAGGCUUCGCGGAGGUGGUGGUAGUAGUCAUGGUGCAGUUCAUUCGCCAGCUUAUCAUCCUUACCCUCAACCCAAUUCCCACUCACAUCAAUCGCCUCCAGAACCACAUCCCUCGAGUCAACAAACCCGACCUUCGAUUGGUUCUCAUAGUUCGGGUCCUACUAGCAACAGUAGCAAUCAGAUUCCACCGAAACAAAUGUUUUUGCAAUUGUUCGACACAUUUUAUGAUUCAUUGGCUGACUCGCGAAUUCUGCAAUCCAAUCUCGAAGAACAGAUUCGAAGAUCUGCACAGUUGCUUGGACUCCUUCAACAGUCGUCUACGGUUUUCGAGAAAAUGCUGGAUGAGAGGGUGGGCGCUGUGCAAGCUGAGUAUACUCGAGACCUGCAAAUUCUUGAGUCGCGUCUAGAUCGAUUGGAGGCGGAGAAAGAAAGACGAGGAGAUGAUGAAGGGGAGAGAAGAGAGGAAGCAGAUCUUGAAGUGUCGAAGCAAGUCAAUUCGCAACCACCAGUGGAUCAAGCUGGUGGUGCUGGUACUGCUACAACGGCUGGAGCUAGGCUAGAGAGACUGGAGCGGGAAAUUCCGGUAUUGAGAAAGGAUGGAGCUGAUAAGUCGAAUCAAACCUCAACACCAUACUAUUAUUCAAAUAGUCGAAGUGGAUUUGUUCGGCAAUCACCACUACCGCCACAACCAACAGACGAAAACACUUCUGGACAAAAGCCAACGUCCUCUGAAUCAACAAGACCUACGGCUGAUCAAACGGACGAAGCUACUUGAACAUUUCUCUUUUUAUGAUCUAUACAUUCACUUUGGCCUUUGAAAGAUUUCUAUUUUUCUAUUUUUUUUCUUUUUUGUAUAAGAUGUUGAUUUUUUAGAUUCUUUAGAGUCGGAUUGCUUUUUCAGACCAAAUGACAUGUUCUUUUUUUUCCUAUCUUUGACUUUGUGCAAAUUCUUGCUUAAAUAUAUAUUGUGUUUUUUUUCCCUCAUAUUUCGAAUCAUAAUUGAGGUGGGGAAUGGAUUGAUGGAUUGAUUAGUGCUGCAUUUUGUUUAUGGUUUAUUUGUUCUCGUUUUGUUUAUGAUUUUUUAUAUGGAGGGUUUUGUGUGUGUGUGUGGUAAAAGAGAUGAAUGAUGAUUUGAUAUUUGGUUUUUGACUUG